CCGUACGUGCCAGAUGGUGUCACCUGGAGCUUAAAAAGCUGCACGCAAGUAUUAAAUUUCUGACAAUGGCCAAGAACAAAUCAAGAGGGCCGAAGUCCAGGAAUGUAUUUCACAUAGCCAGCCAAAAAAACUUUAAGGCUAAAAACAAAGCAAAACCAGUUACCACUAAUCUUAAGAAGAUUCCUCAGCAGCGUCAUGAAAGCAAACCAGUUAAUGCUGAUGAAGCUACAAGAUUAAUGGCUCUGUUGUAAUAUAGUGGUGAUGCAUCUAAUUCUCCACAAAGACCAAUAAAUUAAAUGUUUUAUACAAAAAAAAA